AUGGGGCCUCCAAGUGAAGCCGCCGCCUUGGCGCCGACUGAGAAGUACGGGGCUUUGGCUGAGCUGCGGCACUUCCAAGCUGCUGCUGGGGCUCGGGACUUAUGUGCCUUUUUGGAGCAGCAGCCGGAGGUGGUGCUGCAGCGGAGGCAAGGGACUCUCCUGCUGACCCUGGCUGAAGGAGUUUCUGUGCCAGAAGGCCCCCAGUACAUUCCCAAUUCCUUGAGAAGACAAACAGCGCGAGCCAGCAGCAGCAGCAGCAGCAGCAGCAGCAGCAGCAGCGCAGCUUUGCUGCCUGCACCGGUGUAUGCAGCAACAGCAGGAGCAGCAACUGCAGCAGCAGCAGCAGCAGCAGCGUCGCCGCUGCUGCCAGUCCCGCCCCUUCUGGACUCUCACCCACGCGCCCUAGCUCUUCCUGCUGCGGCAGCAGCUGCUGCUCUCGUCGAGGCUGCUGCUGGGGUGCAGCAGCAGCAGCAGCAAAAGCAGCAGCAAAAGCAACAGCAGCAGCAGCAGUGGCCUCUAAGCCAGUGGCCCCCUGCGAAAAGUGCUGCUGCCAACCCCUACUCUCACAAGGGGCCUCAGCUGCCUGAAGGCUCUGCUGCUUCGCUGCUGCUGCUGCUCAUGCAGCAGCAACAGCAGCAGCAGCAGCAGCAGCAAGCAGCAGCAGAGCAGAGGAGCGGGCGCGAGCUGCGGCGCACCACCCCUGAAGCCGCAACGUGCAGCAGCCCCCUCUGCUACCCGGCCCUUAUCUCAGCUGCACGGCUGCUGCGGGAAGCAGCAAACAGCGCAGGUGGCGAGAGCCUUUGCCUGCAGCUGCUGAACCUGCUUAGCCUUAACGACAGGCAGCAGCAGCAGCAGCAACAGCAGCAGCAGCAGCAGCUGCUGCUGCAGGCAAAGAAUGCCCUAAGGGCCCAAGACAAUGCGCUCGUCAGCAGCGAGAGAGCAGAUAGGCACCUUCAGCAGCAGCAGCAGCAGCAGCAGCAGCAGCAGCAGCAGCAGCAGAGCACUGCUGCUGGCCUGCUGGCCGAGCUGCUAGCCACGCAAAGGCCUCCGUACAUCAGCUCUGGGGCCGACUUGCUGCAGCAGCAGCAGCUGCAGCAGCAGCAGUUGCAGCAGCAGCAGCAGCAGCAGCAGCAGCUCAGACGCAGGCUGCUGGGCAUCGUCCGCGCUGCAUGCAAACAGCAGCGGCUGCAGUGGCUAAGAAAUGAAGACUUAAGCGAAAUGUUGUGCAGCACCAAGCAGCAGCAGCAGCAGCAACAGCAACAGCAGCAGCAGCAGACCGAGCCUUUAGACGAAAGCAGCAUGCAGCUGCGACAGCAGCUGCUGCUUUUGUUGCAGCUAGACAGCCAACUUCAGCUGCUGCUGCAGCAGCAGCAACAACAGCAGCAGCAGCAGCAACAGCAGCAGCAGCAACAGCAGCAACAGCAUCGGCCAGCAGCCCCACAGGCGGCCACAGGCUAUCCCGCGAACCUUGGGAGCACUUCUACUCCUGCUGCUGCUCCUGCAGCAGCAGCAGCAGCUGCUGCUGCUGCUGCA